AUGACGUUCAGCAACUUGACGCUAUACACCACGUCGGCAGUGCUGAUUCUAGACACAGACGGCAACCGUGUCAUCGCAAAGUACUAUCAGCCUCCUCAUGCAGCCAACUUCCUUUCGACGGCAACGCCCGCACAGCAGAAUGCAGUAGCCAGCACAACACCGCAGCUGUCAGCAAAGAAUCCUCUGUCGACACUGAAGGAUCAGCGUGCGUUCGAAAAGGCCAUCUUUGAAAAGACAAAGAGAGCGACCGGCGACAUUAUCCUCUACGACUCGCAUCUGGUGCUGUUCAAGUCUUCGCUCGAUGUCAUCUUCUACGUCGUAGGUCCCGCCGCAGAGAACGAGCUGAUGCUCUCGGGCCUAUUGAGCGCAUUCUACGAUGCGACGAGCAUGCUGGUGCGUCAUCAAGUCGAGAAGCGCGCCAUUCUGGAAAACCUGGAUCUGGUGACGCUUGCAUUGGACGAGACGGUGGACGACGGUAUCAUUCUAGAGACAGACAGCACCACCAUCGCAUCACGUGUUUCUCGACCCAGACCCGAUGUCAACGAGAUUCAGAUCAACGAACAGAGCAAAGCAAACAGUCGGAUACUGUGGAGCGUAUCGUCGGAUCUGACAUGCUUCGGAAUCGGGAGAGACAGCCAUCGGAAGCGCAAAUCCCGCGUCGUGUCGCGCAAAGUGGGUCUAUCUUGCACAGCCUUUCGAUUUCCUCAUGCUCGUCUGGUCUGA